AUGGAUGCCUGUGGGGUUGGCCAAUGUGUCCAAACGGGCUUUUGGUUGUCUACGAAUGGGGAAUUGGAUAAUUAUGGAUUACGCCAGAAGAACACGGCCAGUUUUGUGGCACUACUAGCGGACCCAGGAAGCCGUUCAGCAACAGUGUCACUUCCACAAGGCAAAAUCACGCUAUCCGUUACCGAGCCCACAAUGGAAGGCCGAAUGCUGCUUGGUGAGGAACGCUAUGGGUAG